AUGAUGUUGGUCGACUCCGUACCGAGCGUCGAUGACAAUGCUUGUAUUUACGGUAUCCAUCCUCCCAGCUUGCAAUAUUUCGCUGGUACGCCCGCCGUUUGCGUGUCAUUUGUGGGGUAUCUGUGGAUAGGCACGCAGCCCAUGCUUUAUCCUCUCUAUUGUCCGCCUGCCAGUCUGGAUGAUCUCAAACUAAAACUGUCACUAUUUGCUUAUUUGCAUGCUCCUAUGAGUCAUGGCACGCCAUAUGAGCGAGAGGGCAAGGAAGUCCCUGUAUUUGUCUUAGCUCUGCCUGAAAUCAUGCCGUUUCUCAAUUUGCCAUGGUUACGGGGAAAAUUUUCCUCCGACAGCGCCAUAUACGGUGUGUACGAUCAUGUUGGGGUGGCUCGCGAACACGAGCCUGAAACUCUGAUUCAUUUCGCGCAGUAUCCUUACGGGUACUACCUCCCCAGUGAUCAGUCGGUCAACGGCUCUGAAUCAAUUCUCCAGACUACAUGGAAAGAGACAGCCAGACACAGUCUCCAAAGAAUCAUGACGACCUGUCCCAACUGGCGAAGGGGUCUCGCAUACCUACGCAUCCUCAUGAGGGUUCAUGUGUGUUGUGGACACUCCGACAACCCACAUAUUCUCGUAACUGCGGAUUAUGCUGACCGUAGACGCGAGUUACUCAGAGUCUGCUGGCCUCAAGCCCUCAUUCGGGCAGAUGUCGCGUCUGAGAAUUUAGAAACAGUCCUCACCAAAGACACCCAGGUUCCGAUGUCAGAGUCCGCAAUAUUGGCGCUCGCUCUUCCGUGGAUGAGCCAGUUCAUGUAUGACAAUAGAAGAGUAGCUAUCUGCUCCAUGGACGACAGUCGCAUCUUUGGCUUAGGCAACUUCUUUGGGUUAGCUCAAAGACACUGCAUUGUGGACUUGCUGCAAAUGUUCAUACGCCCUUACGCUCAUUCAUUACCACUCAGCGUCAAUUCCUUUGUGAAAUUUCUGGAGAACCAGAUGGCGAAGGAAUUAGUAUAUCACGUUAUAUUUCGAACCACGGCCACAUGCCGCGUUCGUCUCACCAUCGCUGAUUUCGAGCCACAAAUCUUCAGGAAUGCUACAAAUCCGCCGGUUGACACACUGGCGUUGAUAGGGUCAUGCUGUUAUCAAGCGCUGCUGGCAAGACUCGUAGCCAUUUGGGGCACAAUUGACUUCAUGCCAGACUAUCCAUCUGCGAGCCAAGUCCAUACAGAACUUCGCGACACAGCCAUCUUGCUGAUCCUGCAGGUUGAGGACCCGCAGUACGUGCCCUUCAUGGGCAAACUAGGAGAGUUGUGCACAAUCACUGAGGCCGAUGUGUACCGCAUUGGCCGGUGA